AGAGAGAUCUAAAUUCUAAAACCCUAGAAAAUUCUACACAAUUUCAAUCAAUGGCUUCUCGGCUAAGCUGCAGAUUCGCAUCUCGUCUUCUUCGCAAUGGCAAUUCUAAUUUUCACCUUUCUAAUCUCCGUACAAUCUUCACUGCGAUCCCCAAUUCUUCAUCACCGGCCAUGGUCUCAUCUCAAAUUUCACCAUCCGCUGACUUUCGCCUACUGUCCACGGCCUCCCGUUUCUUUUCUACCGCACGGCGACAACCAACUCGCCCAACCAAAAUCGACAUCGGUGCCCGUGCCCGCCAAAUGCAAAACCGGCGACUCUGGACAUAUGCCAUAACGUUCAGCUGUAUCGCUGGAUUUAUCGUCAUCGUACUUAACCAAUUCGAAGACCAAUUAGUAUUCUAUGUAACCCCUACCGAUGCUUUAUCAAAAUACUCUGAAAACCCUAGCAAAAAUAAGUUCCGUCUCGGUGGGUUAGUCCUAGAAGGUAGCGUAGCCCAUCCGGCGUCGUCCCAUGAGAUUGAAUUUGUUAUUACUGAUUUGAUCACGGAUAUGUUGGUUAGGUUUGAGGGGCAAGUACCUGACUUGUUCAGGGAAGGUCAUUCGGUUGUUGUUGAAGGUUUUGUGAAACCGAUUCCUGAGCAAAUUAAGAAGGAAGUCACGGAGAAGAGUGUAUCUGGCAAGGCGAGGAGUAUUGAUUGUUAUUUUUCGGCUAGCGAGGUUUUGGCGAAGCAUGAUGAGAAGUAUAUGCCUGCUGAGGUUGGUAAUGCUAUUGAGAAGAAUAAGAAGCAGCUUGCUAAAGAAGCUGCGAAUCAGAUUGAAGGACAGGAGGCCGUUCGGAGCACAUAGAUUGAUUAACCAUUGGGUAUGUGUCGCAAAUACCCACAUUCCUUUCUGAAAGGCAAUGCCAACAAUUUUCCAGAAAGGAAAUCUAUAUAUUUUUUACAAUUAUACGACACUUGAAGUAGAUUAAGGAGGUUAAAUUGUUAGUCUCAACAAAAAGGGGUACAAGAUUAUAUGGCCAAUUUUCCGAUUAAUUGUUGUUAAAGUUGUAUUGAUGUUUAUUGCUAUCAUCUUGCUUUGGGCAUGGGUAUGUCUGUCAUUGGAUCUUGAUGAAGCAGUUGAAUAAGAAACAUUCUUGAAAUUGUUUGAAAA